UUAUUAUAAAUUUCCCUAUCCCAUCGUGCACCACUCGUAUGCCGCCAUUUUCACAAAACAGAGAACACGAGAACACCAACAAAGCCGGUAGAUAUUGAUUGAACAACGUAUUUCUACAAAGGUUAUGACAAUGGGAGACAAAAUGGACAUGAGUUUAGAUGAUAUUAUCAAGACAACCAAAAAAGGAGGUCGUGGUAGAGGAGGCGGUCAAAGGAGGGGACGCGGUUCCGGCGGCGGUGGUGCCGGUGGUGCAACAAGAGGUAGACGCGGGGGAGGAGGCUUUGGGGGCCGACAGAAUCGAGGCGGCGGUGGAGGAGGAGUGUUUCGUGGCGGAAUUCAGAAAAGAAGAACCAGUGGUGGUGGAGGAAGACAAAGCUUUUCCCGGUCUAAAGACACACCCGAUGAUGUAUGGAAGCAUGAUAUGUUUGACGGAGAUGUUGGAACAAUGAAGAGAGGUAGAGGAGGAGGAGCCUCUGUUGGGGGUGGUGGCAGCACAAGUAAACUUCAUAUAUCCAAUUUAGACUUUGGGGUCAAUGAUUCUGAUAUUCAGGAACUGUUUGCAGAAUUUGGUCCAUUGAAGAAGGCAGCUAUACACUAUGACAGAUCUGGUAGAUCUUUAGGCACAGCAGAAGUGAUAUAUGAGAGAAAUUCAGAUGCUGCAAAAGCCAUGAAACAAUAUAACAAUGUUCCAUUAGAUGGUCGACCGAUGAAUAUACAGUUGAUUGGUCCCACAGAUUCUGGUUCAGGAGAUGGAUUUAAUAGGAGCAGACUAGGAGUUAGCAGAGGAGGCGGUGGUGGUGGAGGCAGAGGAGGAGGACGAGGGUUCAGUCGUGGUGGCCGGCGAGGAGGCGGUGGUGGCGGAGGCAGUGGUGGAGGUGGAGGAGGAGGAUUUAGAGGCCGGGGAGGAAGAGGACGUGGAGGAGGAAAUAAGAAACCUAGAACAGCAGAAGAACUUGACGCUGAAUUGGAAGCAUAUAAUUCAAAGAUGGAAACUGAUUGAUGUUUGAAAGAACUUAUAUAGGAAAGACAAUAAAAGGAAAUAAUUCUCACUGACACUUGACUGAGUAUUGUAGCUAUGUGAAAACUUUAUUAGAGUGAAUGGAUUCAUCAUCGAGUAAAGACUAGAAUGAAAUAUACUGUGAUCAUUGAUAAAUUCUUGUAAGAUUUAAUUUCAGUGAACAGCCCAAUUGGGCUUGAAGAGCGUGUACUCGACAAAUGAAAUAGAAGAACUAUUUAUAUCUUAUUUCAAAUGAAAUUUACAUGAUUUUAUUUUGUUGAUUUUAAUAUUUGCAAUUCUGUUUUCAAAGUAAUUUAUAUUUGAUUAUAAUUUUAUUUUGUUUUAUUAUUUUAAACAAUCUAAAAUUUAGACUCCAUAUUUAACAAGAAAAAAUGAUGAACAGGUUAACCUGAACAUUUAUUAUUAUUUGUUUUCAUCCAAAAGUUUCAUAUACAAUAUGGACUUAGAAUAGCAUACAUUUUUGAGUAUAUUUUGAAUAUAAGUACAUAAUUAUUUCUAUUUCCCAAAUUAAAAAGAAAUUAAUCCCUUGUUCCUAAAAAUGUUGAUAAUAAGCCCUCGAAAAAAAGUUAUUCUGGACACAAGGCAACUGAAUAAAACAUUUUUGAAUUUCUGCACACAAACUUCUCUAGUAUCUUUCUAAGUCCAUAUUGGUACCAAAAAACUUAUUCAUUGACAUAUGCAUUAUUGUUUUGAGAGAAAAAGAGAAAUACACAAAUGUUACAUUGUGGUUGGUCAUAAUUUGAAUACUAGUUUAUUUGUUUUACUGUAAUAUGUACUAUUUAUGUUCAUGUUUUUUGUAUGUCAUACAAGAUAUAUCUCAUGGUUACUUCAGGUAUGCCAGAACAUUUAUUAAACUUAGAACCUGAUUUUGUUUUCAUCACACAAAUCACUUUUGUAUUUUAUUGUUUUAUCUUAAUGUGCAAGAUUGAUCAAAUCGGUUGAUAGAAGAGAAAGUGAUCAUUUUUUUUGACCAUUAGGAAAAUUUGAUUUUCUUUAUAUUUCCAUAUCACAUAAAAUGUUAAAAUUACUGCAGUACAAAUGAAAUUGGACAACAAUGAAUGAAAAAAUAAUUUUUAUUUUGAAAUAUGAAAGGGCUGAUAUGACUAGAUUGUAGUGUAUUUGGGUAAUUUAUGGUUAGUCUCAGUUGUAGUUGUUUUAUUUGGCAUUUUUUUCUUUGUGGGGACUCUCUAGCUUUAGUACUAGGAUCUCAAUUUUGAACACUAGUGCUGUGUUUUAUAUUUAACCUAGUACAUUUUCUGUCAUUUUGCACAUGAUAAAAACUAUUGACUUUUUUAUCAAAAGUUUGUCAUAUGAUUGGAUGAUGCAUUUAAAAUCAAAAUCAACUUGUGUCAAGUUCAUGUCAAUGUUAAAUUUCUCCAAAGGUUAAUGAAAAUUGAUUUAAAAGGCUGACAAUUCACUACUUGGGGUAUAUAAUCAAAUUUUAUUCAUAAAAUAUACCGCUUUUUUAAAAUGUUCAUUUGAAUGCGAUGGUUGAAUUGAUGAUGUCAGAGUAUACUAAUGUUUCAAAUGUUCAAUUUGCUAGAAAAGGAUCUCUAAAUUUUUAAGUUUCAUUUAAAUAUUUCUUGCAGGAAGGAUUUAGCAUUUCAUUUACAUUUAUCAAUUCAUCGUCAUCAAAAUAUGUCUUGUAAAUAAAAUAUUUUUUAUUCA